UGUGACAAUCAAUCUUCCGCAUCUACGGCUAAUCAACCCUCUCCUCUGCUAACUGCUGGCGAUCGACCGGCCCGGCCGGGUGACCGACUGGGUGCCGUCGAUGUGCUCUCUAUUCGCAAGUGGUUUGCACAAGCCCCAGCACCUGCCACUAUAACUUCUGUGGCUUACUCACUCAGUGUUCUUCAAACGGCAAAAGCUCCGGACCCUUCUGGAGUAUCCUCGCUUCCUUCUGGCUAUCUCUCCAUGGGCUCCCUAGAAAGCAAUCGUGUCACCACUCCUUCUGGCUCUGCAUCUCAUAUUCCCAAUAGCCCUGGGAAUAGAUCACCCGGAACCGCCAAAACCAACCAGUCUCAACCAGCAUCUCAAACGGCCUCACCCAUUCUUAUUUCUGCUCUGGCCAGCAUUGGAAUGUCGGUUAACCAAUUCUGGACCAUCAAACAGGCUGAGAUUAAAGCAUCGACUAAUGCGGACUCAGCACCCGAGGACAUAAUUGAGAUUUGGUGUGGUGAGCAGGUAAAUAUUUCAAAAUGUGUUGUUUCCUAA